AUGGGCCUUCUCGGUCUGCUGUCGACGGCAGCAGCUUGGGUCUUCCUGGCUCUGACGCUCUUUGUGCUGCCAGUGCUCAUUGUCCUCGUCCUCGGCCUGCUUCUCCCACGAAGAGUGCCGCCCCAGCGUUCGGAAGGCAAGCGCAGCAAAGUUGCGUUUGUACACCCAGACCUCGGGAUUGGCGGGGCCGAGCGAUUGGUGGUGGAUGCAGCUGUAGCCUUGCAGAAGGCUGGCCACGAGGUGAACAUCUUCACGGCCAGGCAUGAGACCAACCAUUGCUUCGAGGAGACAAGGAACGGCACCCUUCGAGUCCAUGUCUAUGGAAACUUCCUCCCCAGGAGAGUGCUUGGGCGGUUCUACGCAGCCUGCGCGUAUCUUCGCAUGUGCUGGGUGUCGGGGGUCAUCGUGCUGCUAUCCUUUCGGAUUCCCUUCCACGUGAUCAUUGUGGACCAGGUUUCGAUCUGCUUGCCGAUUCUGCGACUUGCAAGACCGCGCGCCAUCUUGUUCUACUGCCAUUAUCCGGAUUACCUCCUCACCACAAAGAGCUCUGUGCUCAAGUCCCUCUACCGCGCUCCACUGGACUUUCUGGAGGAGGUUACCACAGGCUUGGCAGACCAGAUCUUCGUGAACUCGCGUUUCACCGCUGGUGUCUUCGCUGCAGCCUUCCCGCUUCUGUCCUGGUUCGGCGUCUGCCCAGAUGUGCUCUAUCCUCCGCUCGAUCUCCAGGGCCAGGACGAAGCUGCUAGGAAGGCCGCUGAUGCCUUGGAUGUGCUCGGGGAGGGAGAGCAGCUGUUAUUGUCCAUCAAUCGUUUCGAGAGGAAGAAGAAUGUGGGCUUGGCCAUCAGGACCUUGGCGCGGCUUCCGGAAGAAACGCGGCGGAUGACUCGUCUCGUUCUUGCAGGAGGCUACGACGAUCGGCUUCCGGAGAACGUGGAGCAUGCAGCAGAGUUGGAGGACUUGGCCACUCAGCUGGGGGUGGCAGAUCGAGUUGUUCAGAAGAGGUCAGUCUCUCUUGUAGAGAAGGCGACGCUCCUUCGGCAUGCUGCAUGCCUCCUCUACACCCCCGAUCGGGAGCACUUCGGCAUCGUUCCCGUAGAGGCCAUGUAUGCGCGGGUUCCAGUCGUCGCGGUAAACACUGGUGGCCCCCUGGAGUCCAUCGUGGACGGCGAAACGGGCUUCCUGCGCGCUCAAGAGCCCGAGGCUUGGGCAGAGCCGGUGGAGAAGCUGUUGAAGGACCCAGCGCUCCGAAAGCGAUUCGGAGAGGCUGGACGCCAGCGCGCCAGCACCUGCUUUUCCCUAGAGGCGUUCGGGAAAGCCUUAGAUGCAGCUGUCCGAAGGAACGAGGAGCUGAAGCGAGGCAAUGCGCGCCUGGGACUUUGGGGCUGA